AUGAGAUCCAGACAUCUGUGGCCGUGGGUUGGCCUGGUAUUCUGGGCGCAGGUAGACAAAGGACGAUCGCUGCCCCUGCGCCACAACAACGACGCAGGGCUGAUUACGAAACGAGACCGACCACAGUUCGACACGGGCCAGCCGAUCGACGGGGCAGGCAGAGGCGGCCCCAUACUGGGCGGCACGAACCACCAGCUGGACCUCCAGAACCCGUCCAACCUGGGCCAGCAGCCCACCGACAGCGGCGUGGUGCCCAACCUAAAAUGGAGCUUCUCGCAGUCCAAGACGCGCAUCUCGGCCGGCGGCUGGACGCGCAAGCAGGCCAUCACGGACCUGCCCGCGAGCCACGACAUAUCGGCGGCCCAGCAGCACCUCGCGCAGGGCGCCAUCCGCGAGCCGCACUGGCACAGCACGGCGGAGUGGGGGUUCGUGUACAACGGCAGCGUGCUGGUGUCUGCGGUGGACCAGGACGGGAAGUACCAGGCCGAGACGCUGGGGUUCGGGGAUAUCUGGUACUUCCCGCGGGGCGUGGCGCACACGGUGCAGGGGAUGGGCGAGCAGAACGAGUUCCUGCUGGUAUUUGACGGGCCCGACACCGACGCGGCCGGGUCGACGUUCAACGUGGACGACUGGGUGGCUCACACGCCGCGGGACGUGCUAGCCAAGAACUUCGGCGUGGAUGCGGCCGUCUUCGACGGGGUGCCGCGGCCGAGCCCGGGGGUCGUCAACGGGACGGCCGGGGGCAGCGAUGCAGACCGUGGCGUCACGGCCGGCCCGGGCGAGCAGCCUGCGGGCGGGGCGGACUCGUUUGUGUUCCGCACGCUGCAGCAACCGCCGAUCCAGGCGCCGGGGAGGUGGUUCGCUGUACAAGGUGGACUCGACGAAUUUCCCGCGGAGUACGAGCAUCGCGGCGGCGCUGGUGACGCUUGCGCCGGGGGCAAUGAGGGAGAUGCACUGGCAUCCGGACAGGAGUGGCUCUACUUCCACCAAGGCACGGGGCGAGCAACCGUGUUCACGGGCGACGCCAACGCGCGCACAUUCGACUUCGCGGCGGGCGACACGGCGGCAUUCCCGGCCGGGUCGGGCCACUACGUGGAGAACACAUCGGCGGACUCGGGGCUCACGUAUCUGGAGGUGUUCCGGGCGGGCCGGAUCGCAGACAUCUCGCUGGCGCAGUGGCUGGCAUUGACGCCGCCCGAAAUGGCGGCGCAGGCACUCAACGUGGACGUGAAUGUGAUCAAGAGGCUGCGCAAGGACAAGCAGGUGCUGCUGCCGGCUGGGGGGCUGCCUCCUGUGGGCGGUUAG